GUCAACACUAGGCACCAAACCCCUCAUAUCUAAUCCCUCAGAUCGAGAUAUCGAUUUUUAACACCAAGCAUUUGAGCCUCUGCCUACGAGAAGCGAUCGGUAUCAAACACUUCAUCUACGCUAUCAGACAGGCAAUACGCAAUAUCCGCCGUACGGGUAUACUAGUACCAUUCUCAGUCGUGGCCGUACAAGCUCCUCUCCCGGUAGCCGAACCUUGAUUACCAUGGACGUUAAUGAAGGCAUUUAUUUGGCGGUAUGGACCACUGUCUUAUGUCUUUUUGUCUGUGCGACCGCCGCUUGGCUUUGGUUCUAUGCGCCAGCGGGUUCCGGUACCGCACCGUCGUCUCCAACGAAGCCUGCUUCAGAUUCUACACGAUCCACGCAGCGAGGCGUCCAUCUCAAUCAAGUCAACAAGGACAAUGGAGACACCGACAUUGACAUUAUUGCUAUCCAUGGCCUCGAUACAAAAUCACCGGAUACGUGGACAUGGCGGGAUCGGCGGAAUCCCAGCGGCGUCAAUUGGCUAGCCGAUUUGCUCCCGGUCGACGUAGAAAAGGCACGUAUCUUUACACUGGACUGGCCUGCCGAGCUACUUCAACCGUCAGAUUUAGUCCCGAAGCUUGAUGGCGAGAUCGUUACGCUCCUAAUUGAUGGCAUCGACAGAGAACUCUUGGCAAAGAACAAGAUAAAAGACAGACCAAUCCUCUUUAUCGCUUCUUGUCUUGGGGGGAUCAUCUUAGUGAGGGCUCUCACAACCGCCGCCGAUCAUGAAUGCACCACGAGCUGUUAUUGCCUCAGGAAAGCAACACGUGGCAUUAUCUUCCUCGCUACCCCGUUCCGAGGGACUUCGUUCUAAGAGGUAGCUCACUGGGCAGAUCCAGGUCUGACCGCAUGGGCAUUAAUCCGCGACCGAAAAGUGAGCAAGCUACUCGAUAGUGUGAAAGGAUCGACCUUUGAUCUUG